AUGCCCCUUCUACCAAACGAAACUGUAGAUCUGAUUUCAUCAAGGUUAUUAAUGACAAACAGAAGGAGAUGCAAGAACACCAGACGGAAGUGGAGAAAGUUCAAAAGCAGGACAAAAUGUGAGAAACUAAGGGAUCUAAAUCGAAACCAGGAGUUUACGGCAAGAACAAUCGCAAUCUUCCAAAGAAUCAACGACGCGGAUAUCAUCAUCGUCAUGUUCUUUAUGGAGGAAUAUGUCAACAAAAAUGUUCUUGUUCCAAACUACAAAGGAGAGAGUUUCGUUCUCAACGUUCCUUCAAAAUGGCACAAUCCCCUGGGACAAGUCGCAUUGAUUGAUUGGUAUCGCAGACUUUUUGAUCAGAGGCCGAAAAACGGAGAAAUCGAGAACGACCAAGUGUUUGAAGAUCUGGAACGACUACAAAGACCUGGAGAAGUUUCCUCUCUACAGCAAAUCGUUGUGGCAAAGGACAAUUUCUUCGCCUAUCCAGGAGCCGCUCAAGGGAACGAAGAUGGUCAAGCGAAUCGCCGGGAGAGCAGUCGACUACUUGGUCAUCUCGACUACGGUCGCUCUCCAAUGGGCCUACGCAAUUUUCAGAACUACAAUCAUGGUCAACUACGCUCAACGCAAAUCUGUCCGCAAGUCGAAGGAAGUUCCUGA